CAAAAUACGAUUUAAGUUUUCUCAUUAUAGGGUUGACAUGUAUUGGCUACCAAUGAGGUUGAUAAUAUUUUUAUUGGCUUUCGCUGUUGCCGAAUCGUUUGCCAAGAAUGUGGAAAACGCCACCAGAAAGAAAAGGCAAACGAUGUUUGUCACUGAUACCACUCCGAGGUAUGAAUGGCUGCAGGUACAAUACUCAGCGCAAGACCUCCCAGGGAUUCCCAAUGGAUUACAAGCUUUUGUCGGCGCAACGCACAACCUUGAAUACAAUCGCGAACUCGUGGAUGCUCUGGCGACCACAGAUGCCUCUUUCAGAAGAGCUCUCGAUACAAAUGACUUCGGAGGACUUGAUACUCCAAACCUUCAGAAUAUCAAAAAUGCCAUUGCCGCUGCCAUGAGCGCUGAGUACAUAAUCAGUAUUCCUGAGCAGUCCUUCGUGAGUCUUCUGAAUAACAAUGAGAUGCAAGUGCAGGGUGCAAAUAAUCUGUUGACGAAAGCCCAACUAAGUGGCAACACCAGAACUGUCAAUGACAUUGCUUUUUCGUCUUAUCCCUUCAGUGAUGAGUCUGUCCAAUGCGCGGUGCUCUUGGCUUCGCUAGGAGAAACACCACAAGAUCUGAACUAUGUGCCAUACGAAUCGAUCAGCCAGUUGCCGUACGAUCACAUUGACGUGAUAGACGAAUUCAUUACCGGAGCCACCCAAAUGAUGCUUAGGAGUUACGAAAUGGCUACUGACAGAGAACACUUCACUCAGAUUCUUUACCAAUUUGGAAGGCGGGAAAUUGAUUGGACUAAACAUAUGGCAAGAUGCAAGUCAAUUAUUUCGGCAGCCUACAUCAAUUUGGGACAAAGUCUGGAUCUGUGGGCCGAGAAUCAGGAGUUCGACAACCUUCUGCAAUACACAGCAAAGAUGUUCGUGUGUGUUGCUCCAGAUAAACUGGCCCUGCUAGACUCAACGAGUCUUAUGAGUGUUCUGGAGUACUUCCACAUGGAGUCUUUUGACUGGCAGCAUGGUUAUACCCUAGUCGAAGUAAUUUUUUUGGGAAGAAACUCGCAGCGAGAUGUUCUAGUCAGCACGCUCAGAGACAUGGGAGGAUUGAACAGGUUUCUGACGCGUAAAUUGCUGGAAAUACGUAACCAACAGCAGAGUAAUUUUCUCGAUGAUGUUAUCCUGACGCAAGAGGGUCUGAGGACAAUCACAACAUACACAGAUGACGCAUUCAUGUUACAAUACUUGUUUGCACGUGCUCUGAGAACAGGUGACUUCAAAGUACCGACGAGGGGAAGUCGAGUGACUGAUUUGGACGUGCAGAGAAUCGCACCCUUGGUCGGAGUCUUGAGUGUUCCUGAUAUAUAUCAGUACCAAGACCGCCAGAUCGAGGAGUCAAUUGGAUACUUCCAGUCCAAGUCUCUCAGGGCGAAACCGGGAGUAGCUAUAAUGUUGGUUCAAAAGUACCUCAGAAACAGAGCCGGCAAAAAUGACAAAAUUUACCUGACACAGACGGACUUUCAGCAAAUGGACCGUCUGUUGCCGGCAUUGGAUUACGAGUUCUUCAGGAACUGUUCGUUGGUUCAGCUUCUCAAUUCCUUGGCACAGUUCAGAAAUGUGGCCAGCAAAGUCAAAACGAUCAAUUUCCCUCUCACAGCCGCACAACAGCACGUCAUCGCUGGCCAAGCGCAGUCGGAUAGUGGUCGGAAUGCCAAACUGUUGACACAGCUGGGACCUGAUCUAAGCAUGGCUCUGAGUCCGGCCUUCCUUUUGGAACAGAUCACGGAUCUGGACGAGUUCUUUGUCAUUCGAGUGGACAAUGGGGAGAUAUCUGAAGGCAGGGACUUUCUACAAAUCGACUGGACACCAUUCCAGAAAUCGGUGAUCUUCAAUAUGUACAGGCAGCAGAUUCGAAACCUCGCACUGACUGGACGUAUGAUGAAUGGGUUGGGAAAACUGGCGACUGGAAUCUCGGCCACAGAUAUUUUGACCUCUCCUUUCAGUGAAAUCAUAGGAAUAGCGUCUGCAGUCAUGCGAAAUGGCGGAGACAUGAACAAAGCGUGGCUACUAUCAGUGCAGAUCAGAAAGGCCUUUGCUUCUAUAUAUGGUCUCAGGAAAUUUGAGGACUUCCACUUGGGACUUCUGGGAACUGCGAAUCUGCAGGCACUUGACGGGAUGACCUUGAGAAUGUUCAGUGUGAGAGAGAUGGAGUUGAUGAGUCUGGGAGAUUGCAACCAAGUUAUAGCGAAGAUCGGGGACCUGGAUGAUUUGUACUUAGUGCCUCCGUUCAAGAGACAGGAGCUGGCGUGUUUGUACAUUGCGAGAUGUAGAUUGAUUCACCAGGGAGCAUCAAGCAAGUUCACCCCUGCUUACGACAAAAACAAUUACAUGAAUCAGUUCUUCGAGAACCGCAGGGUCAUGGAAGAAGACUACUACGGACACAACUUUGGUCGCAUCGUGCCCAACUACUGCUCGCUAGUGACUCAGAGGAUGAUUGAUGAUUCUGGUUUGGAACAGCCAGACUUCGACACUUUGGGCAACCUUGUGUGUGACCUUCAGGCCCACGUGAUCAGAAGUAUCGACCGGGAACUACUGAAGAAUAACCUGUGGAUGUUCAGCACCUGUCUAUUCGACUCAGUCAAUGGAAACGCCCUCUACAACUCGAUACGGACUGAGAUUGAUCAACCAGGUGUGAUCAAGUCCCUUGGCAACAGUCUGUGCUCUGUUGUGCCCUCUACUCUCUUCAUUUCGGCCUCAUCCAGAGGGGGGCAGAUCGAGUUUGUUGACCAUAGCGAGGAACUGCAGAAUUACGUGCACUAUGCCUACUCCCGCUAUUACUUAAUGGAGGAGAUGCAUGGACUCACAAAGAGACAUCUGAACUAUGGCUUGUUUGCGUUCCGAGACAUAAGCCGAACACAGCAGUCUAGAAUCCAGACCUGUUUCCGUAAUGUUGCCGAGGCAGCCUGGGGUUGGUUCCUGACCGUGCAACAGACGGAGGGCAUGGACUCCACGGCAUCGACAGAUGACCGACUCAUCUACACGUUCAAUCGCAACAACCAAUUUGAUGGAAACACGAACGACAACAACAACAAUAAUAAUGAUAAUUUCAACAACUACGAUGACUUCUACAAUGAUCCUAACAACAUCGAGACCAAUGACAACAUAGAAGAUGAUACUUACAAUGGCAAUGAUCAGUAUCCAGAUGUUUACACGAGUAACAACAGGCACCGAAGGCAGUCCAUCACCCGACUCAACCGCGAGCAAUCAAUUUCGUGCUCUGCUAUCCACGUGCUCAACGGAGGAUCCAUGAUCUUCCUGCUGAACCAGCUGGAGAGGAUUGAGCCACAAGAGAUAGCUAGGUGUGUGGACUACUGGGGCUACAACUUCAACACAACCAGAGAGCAGAGGAGACUUAUCAAAGACCGAGUUGAAAGUUUGUUUGGUGGGUUCCGAAAUAUCCUACCUGAAUAUCUGAUCCAAAUGAAGUGGCUUUGCCGAGAGUUCAACGAAGACGAAAUUUUUAACUUGAAACUGGAGGACAGGCAGGUGAUCUACUACAUUUCAAACUGGCCCUGGAGAAUGUGGCAACGGCAGGCACUCUUCAGGAACAUCAGGAGGACCUUCAACCUAAAUGUCAACACCAUGUCCAUCACAGAGUUCAAGGCUCUAGGAGAGUUCUUCUGUGGUAUGGACUCCUCGGACAUUGCGGGUAUCCCACCUGAGAUGUACUACGCUAUGGCUACGUUCGUUGGAGAUUUGGUGACUUGUAACUACGACCAGAUGCGCUCUCUUCUCGCCAAGGCCAGAUCAACCCAGGCCUUCGGUGAAAUUGAGCACUGGGAGGAGCGACACGUGCUUGCUAUUGGAUCAGCCAUAUCUGGAAUGUCUUCUACUCACUUGGAGAUGAUGACCCCUGGAAGAAACAGAGACGGACAGAAUCUGGUUGCCGCUAUCCCCGCUCAUGUCAUCCCCAUGAUUCCAGAUUCAGUCAUCGAGAACCUGGACGUGGAGUUCUACCAGUCCAUGAACCCUGAGCAGAUUAUUGCUCUUACUCCUAGACAAUGGCAUGAAAUGAGUGAGGCACAGGCGAACGCUGCGAUGAACGUAUGGUUCGGCUACGACGACUGGCCGUAUUCUUUCCUCGACGGGUUCCGCGAAGCAGGAUCGGAAAAUUUUCGCGUAUCUAUGAUGCUGAUGAUUGUGGUUUCUAUUGCCAAAUUUCUCUUCUGAAGGGUCAUUCAAUGAAGAUGAAAAAUGUACAAAGAGUCACAAUCAGAAGCUGAAAAAAACCGACUGACGGAAGAAAAUGACGACCGAACGCUAGUCAAACUGGUAAUAUCGAUGACUGUACAGUUUUUAAUGAAUUUUAUAUGUGAAAUGAGAUCUGCUAGGUUUAUGUAUAUAUGACUGUCAGAAAACCUUUUGCACAAAUCGCUUUAGUUUUAAAUGAUUCUUAUUUCAACCAUAUCAAAUCUACAAUUUUGUGUCCUAUAUCAGUACAGUAACAAUGUCAAUGACAUAUCAACCGAUUUUCUAUCAGCUUUUGUUUCUCUUAAAAUAACCGAUAAGUUCUCAUGUAAAACAAGUUAUCAUAGAUUAGUUUUUGGUUCAUUCCUGGGCAGUUUUAUUUAAAAAAAAUCUGCAAUUUUAAUCCAAAUUGAAACUUUAUUCCCAGCUUAUAUUAUGACUAUGCAGUCUGUUUUUUCUAUAUUUUAAAAGAAACUAAUUUAACUUUCAACCGCGCUAAAAUGAGACAUUCAACGAGGUUACUUUUAUCGGCGCUAAAUGUUUUUUUUUUAAGUUUCAAACUUAACUGUGUCC